CAGUUUCUCACGAAUCGCUGUUGCUUUGCGGUCAGUUGUGCUUCGUAUCAAUCUUAAUUUGUGUAUCGAAGCGAUUGUAGCUGUGUAGCCGAGUAUUUAACAUUUUAGAUACAGUUUGGUAUGUUGAAACGUUUAUGGUCCGGUGUUAUAAAAUAUUAAUGACAUAAUGGUGCGUAGUCAUGGCGGAAAGUGUGUAUUACAAUCAAAUUAAUGAUCAAAGCGAUGAGGGGUCCGUAGGGGAGGACACAAGAGCCAUGAAAAUCGACCAUAACCGUAUCCGUAAGAGCACCACGGAGCCUCCAUCCGAGUGCAAGGUGCUCAUUGAUCGCCUUAAGAAAUGUAAUAGACUACAACUCUUAGAGGAGCUAUCAAAAAUUAAUACAUGGACGUUUGGGAAAUGUGAAUUGGGCCAUUGGAAGGAAGUGUUGCAUCUUUUUGAUGCAAUUCUAGAUGAAGCCACUGAGAGCCAUCCAGAAAACAAAUGGGCUUUAAAUUGUGAUUGGAAAUAUAACAUUUCUGAUAAAAAGCUUUUGUUAUGGAUAUUACAUUUUACUACCCUGCUAAUCGAGCAUUCCUUCUCUCGACACACUUACAAAAGCAUGGACACUCUACUGGUUCUUUUGGGUUCCAGCGAUAUGUGCGUUGUUUUGGGAGUUUUAAACUUAUUAUAUAUCUUUUCCAAAAGAAGUAAUUUCAUCACCCGAAUGCAUCCUGAACAACGUUCUGUCUUAAUCUCACGUUUACAUCAUUUAGCUGAGAGUUGGGGCGGAAAAGAGAAUGGUUUUGGUUUAGCAGAUUGCUGUAGUUCCACAAAACCAAUGCCCCCUUCAGCAACUACAUUGCAUUUUGAGUUCCACAUUGAACACGCAGAAUCCAAAGAUACAAGAUCAAAACAAAAUAUGUCUUACAUCCACAUUCCCCAUGUGGAUCAAAUUAGGAAGAUGCCUGCUGAAAUAAUGAAAUCGCUGCUUUCUAUGUACAACGUCCCGGCUGAUAAAGAGAUGUUGUUAUUCACACAUCUACGAUUAGCUUAUCAUUUUUCCAACUACAGAAACAGAUUGCUUUGUGUUCAAGCGCGAUUACAAGCCCUUUCGGUGUUAGUUUAUGCGAACGCUUUACAAGGUUCAGCGCACACUUUACUGUACAACGGACUUUUGGAAGAAUUAGUAGAACUAAUUGAGUUAAAAUUCCCAUAUUUGGUUGAGAUACGUUCUGCAGCUUUAAGAACAUUGACAUCUAUAAUACAUUUAGACAGAAAUCCUGAAUUUCCAAAAAAACCCGGUUCGAGACUUAAUAACAUAAUAGACGUAACCGGAGCGAAUCAAUACCACGGAUUCCUCCCAGUGUUGGUAAGACAUUGCAUUACGUGUUUAACAACGAAUCAAAAUGAAGCAUCAAAAGAUAAGACGCUUGUGGAAAAUACUGAAGUUGAAGAACUCGAAGAAGAGCUUCAAAUAUCCGAAGAUGAUGCUUUCCCAUAUCUUAGCACACAUUCAGAUUACAAAGGAAAAUUUCCUCAGCCGUUAGCCACAGCUCUAUUUUCAUUUUUAUAUCAUUUAGCGAGUUACGAAGCUGGCGGUGACGCUUUGGUGUCUUGUGGUAUGAUGGAAUCUCUGCUUCAAGUGAUUAAUUGGCAUGGUGUGGAGUUAGAACACAUUACGUUUGUAACCAGAGCAGUUCGUGUUAUUGAUUUAAUAACUAAUAUUGACAUGCAGGCGUUUUAUACUCAUGCUGGCCUCCAGAGUUUUAUAAAUCGUCUGGACGUCGAAGUGAAUCUCUGCGUAAAAGAACAUUUAUACGAAUUUAAACACAUUACGUCUGAAUAUUUAGAAAGGGCGGAGACGUCGGAGAGUAGCGAAAUGGAAGGGGGACCGUCCAACUUUGAAUUUCAAUACAACCCAGAAAAUUCUGGAAAAACGUGUCUUCCUCAAAGAGCGGCUUUAUUAAAGAGUAUGUUGAAUUUCUUAAAAAAAGCUUUACAAGAUUCCACGUUUUCGGAGCACAUUCGACACAUCAUGGAAGGCACUUUACCUAAUUCUUUAAAACACAUCAUUUCCAACGCGGAAUAUUACGGCCCUUCCUUAUUUUUGCUUGCAACCGAUGUAGUUACAGUCUACGUUUUUCAAGAACCCAGUCUCUUAUCCACCAUUCAAGACAAUGGGUUAACAGACGUCGUUUUACAAGCUUUAUUAAUCAAAGAUGUUCCUGCAACCCGCGAGGUUCUUGCGUCUCUUCCAAACGUAUUUAGCGCGCUUUGUUUAAACGCAAGGGGGUUGGCGUCGUUCGUUAAAUGUAAACCAUUCGAGCGACUUUUCAAGGUGUUACUUUCACCUACUUACUUAUCCGCUAUGCGUAAAAGACGAAGUUCAGAUCCGAUGGGAGAUGCUGCUUCGAAUCUUGGCAACGCGAUGGAUGAAUUAAUGCGUCAUCAACCAAGUUUGAAGGUGGACGCGACGGCCGCGAUUAUAAAAUUACUUAACGAACUAUGCCAAUUGGGGACUGAUCCAAAAUACAUUUGUUGGAGGCCUCACAGUAAAACUGAGACAUCUCCUACGCCCGCAGCGCAAAGAUCUACCAGCAACACGGAAGGAUCUUCUGACGAUGAAGAAGAGGAUGAUGAAGAGGAAGCGUCAACUUCGUCUCAAACCGCGCAAACGGAUACUCAAGAAACACAUGAGUCACCGAAUUGUAGUGAAAAAACUCCGAUAGCUUUGACGGAGUACAUAUUAAAUGUUACCAAAUUUAUUGAUGCUAUUUUAAGUAACAAUUCAACGGACGAUCAUUGUAAAGAAUUUGUUAAUCAAGGUGGUCUUGUGCCAUUGUUGAGAAUUUUAGGUCUACCUAAUCUUCCCGUUGAUUGUCCUGUUACAAAUUCUGCACAGGCUGUAGCUUCAGUUUGUAAAAGUAUUUUAAAUUUAGCUCAUGAACCCAAAGUUUUAGAAGAAGGGUUGAGCCAACUCGAAGAUGUCCUCCUCAUUCUCGAACCUUUGUAUCUCGAUUUAGAUUUGUGCAGCGGUUCUAAGCUUUUGAAUGAACUCGCAGACGCUCCACAUUUAGAAACUGCGUUCAGUACCGAAUCUGCUACGCCAAUUUUACACGCUAUGGGUGCCGCCCACGGUUAUAUUCUCAUGUUUGUACACGUUUGUCGCACGGGACAGAACGACAUACGAACUUUGUCGCUUCAACAUUGGGGUUCAGAUAAAGGAUUGGAAAUGCUGAAUUGUUUAGAGCAGCUUUAUAUGGCUCUCGUAUGGGAAAGCACGUUGUUACUUGCAUUAUGCAGCGAUGAUGUUAUCCCCUCUGAUUGCGAUUUUGGAAGGGAAGAUAUGGAAAGGUUAAAUAUACCGGUUGCGGAUAGGGCUGAAUCAAGCGGUGAUAGCACCGGGAAUGUUGCUUCAGCAAUGGAAGCACUAACUACGAAUCCCCCCACGGUAAUGGACGUUGACACCGAAUCGCAUUCAUCAAAUAAACCUACAACCGAACAAUUACGAUAUAUCAAACCACUCCUUGGAGCAUCUUCACGUCUUGGAAGAGCAUUGGCCGAGCUUUUUGGACUUUUGGUCAAAUUAUGCGUUGGAUCUCCGAUGCGUCAACGCCGAGGACAGAAUAUGGUACCCACUCCAUCAUUCCCCAUCCCAAACGCAGGAUCCGUAGCUACCGCUUUAAAUUCAUUAUUGGCAAAUAGCUUAAGUUCCGAUAGAUUACCUCCAAGUCCGGUCCCUAAAUUCCAAUUAACUUUCCUUAUUUGCAGCGUAGGAUUUACAAGCCCCAUGCUAUUCGACGAAAAAAGAUAUCCCUAUCAUCUUAUGUUACAAAGAUUUGUUAGAUUUGGCGGCCAAGACGCGUUCUUUAACACUUUCCGCUGGGCUUUAUCUGCGGGCGACACCAUUCCUUUGGGAGAAGGCAUUGAACAUCCAAACUUACCAGAAGGUACGGGAGAAUUCUUAGACGCGUGGUUAACACUUUUGGAAAAAAUGGUUAAUCCAAAAGCAAUUCUCGAUUCGCCCCACGUUAUAACAACGAAAUCACAAGGUACUUACAAAUCCGUAGCUUUCGAUCCAUUGAAGUACCUAAUACAAAUUCACAAAUUGGCUUUCGACGCUGUCAUGUUGCUGUGGGGAAAGAAGCCUCUCCCAAAUUAUGGCAUACGCAUGAGCGAAUCUAUUUUGACCAUUUUGCGCCAUAUUUUGCGGGGUGAAAAAAUUAUUAAGGAUCGAUUGAACAAACAAGACGAUAAAUCAGUAGAGACUUCAUCAACCGCGGCUCCCUCAACAGUCGCCACUAAUAACAGAUUAGAAAACGACGUUAAUCAAGAAAGUCUUCGUCAACUUAUUGACAUGGGUUUUACAAGAGAACACGCCACCGAGGCUCUAAUGCACACCAUGAACGUCGAACAAGCAACCGAUUACUUAUUAACGCAUCCAUUAAGCGGGCAGAGAACGGUCGGCAUGGAUUUGGAUAUGUCCGAAGAUGAUCAAGUCAUCCAAGCAAUUGCUAUUUCAUUGGGAGAAGCCGGGCCAUCCACAGAAACAAAGAAAAAAGAGGAUGAUGACGUUACUCCAUUAUCUGAAGAACAAAUCGACAAUUUCACAGAAGGCGCCCUCCAGAUUUGCUUAAACUUAGUAGAAGAAAUACCGGAAUCCGUCUUCAAAGUAUGCGACUUACUCGUAACGAUAAUGAAACGUAAAGGUUCCGAAUUUCGCGAUCAACUACUCAAAGAUUUUUGCGAAAUGUUACGAGUCAUUUAUGCAAAAUACGAAGCCGCCAUCGAUGAAGCGGAACGUCUCGAAAGUCCAGAUCUGUUUGUCGAAUCUUUCAACAGUCUUCGUUUGGCGCAUUACACUCACUUGCUUACGUUGUUCUUCGAAGUACCUCCUUAUUUCGACAUGAAAGGCGCCUGCGGAUUGGCCAUCUUCGAAUCUGGUUUAAUACCCCACUUCGUAAAACUUAUGGGAGUCGCCGAAAGGGCAUUAAGAUCUAAUCAAAACGUUACUGUACCCAAAUGGCUUACACCCGUCAUUUUAUUAUUGGAUUGUUUAGGAAAAGUUGCGGUAAGCACUCGACGCAAAAAUAGAAUGCACUGCGUUACAAAGCGGUUAUGGAAAUGGUACGACGUUCUCUCAGGGAAAUGGCAAACUUAUUCCCCUGCGAAUAAUAAAAUAAUUAAUGAAGCCUAUUGGAACGGGGAACAAUCAACAAGAAUUACAUGUGGGCGUCGUAGGUACACAAUAAGUUUCACGAAUAUGCAGCAAAUCAACGAGGAAAGCAGUAACAAUCGGCCGAUUUGUAUGACCCCGAUAAAUUUAACUUUAGAUCGAUGUUCCGAUGGCAACCCGGAAUUUUAUGAAACCAAAGAACACGCCGAAGUAACCCUAACUGAAAAAGAAGCAAAACGUUGCGUACCAAUUGCCGGAUUCUGCCGGGUUCAUUCUUUUGAAAUCGUUAGAUGUUGCGUCAAAUUAAUAAACGCCAACAUCGAUAAAGACACUUUACACGCAAUUAUGCGUUUGUGCUUGCGUUUAACCCAAGAAUUCGACCUCGCCAAAGAGUUUGUCGUUGAAGGCGGGAUCACCAGAUUAUUACAACUAAAAGAAAACAUGGCUUUCGUCGGCUUUCGUACUCUAGCCACACUCUUAAUUCGCCACACACUUGAAGGCCCCUCAACUCUUGCCUACGCCAUGGAAAAAGUAAUGAGAGGACGUACGUUACCAUCCACCCCACCGCCUUACAAAGAAUUAAUGUUUAUGCUUCGUUCUUUGGGAAGCGCCGUAUCUAGAGAUCCAGAGCGUUUCCUUGAGGUUGCUAAAAAUACUCUGCGAAUCGAUAUUAGCAGUUUUAGACGAUCGGAAGAAGCGGAUAGCCGCAUGCCGAUGAAAACCGAGCCUUCAAAUCGGACUCAAGCUCCGCAAAUAAAAGAGCAAGAAUCAAUAGACGUGAUUUACGAACUUCUAAACGCAUUGAUUUUACCGAUUGAUAACUCAACAUCUUCAACGGAAGACGAAAGUUUUGAUAGCCGCCAACCGCCGAACGCACAAAAUAAAUCGAGUACUCGAGAAUCCAUGUCGCAACGUGCAACAUUGUUAUUAAACAGCAACGCGGGAAACAGCGACGUGUUAAAUAUUGAUGGACCAGAGGAAUUUCCGCGCGUUCGAUUAUUUCACGCAGCAAGCGAAAUGAACUUGGACCCAAAAAAUACCGAAUCUCUUCGCAGUCGUCAAAUUCUAGCAAAGCACAAUAUAUUAAAAAUAUUGGCUGACGCAGUCGUGUCUUACGCCGGGGUGGCCAAAAUAAUCACCGAAUACUCUUACAAAGCUAAAAGUGGAGAACACGUUACCGAGGAAUGUACUUGUUUGGCAUUCUUAUUCGAUAAAAUAUUGCCUAUAGUUGAAGAAGUCUCCGACCGCGAUUGUUCCAUUAUGUGCAAAAACUUAAUCUCUGGUAUCGCAUCUUGUAACCAUUCGCCUGACGCUCAGUCCGCUUUGGUCACCGAAGUAAAAGCAGCUCUAAUCCGAGCAUUGCUUCUCACCGAAUCUACAGAAAAACACAAACGCAUUCAACAUAUCACCACCAUGAUACUCAACAUGAUAGAACAAUGCCCGCCAGUUCAACAAGUUCGAAUUUUCAAAGCCCAAACGUUUAACGCGAACGUAAAUAACAUCGCGCGUUUAAUGUUGCGUAAAGGGAUAUUUAACGAUCUUGCUCGUGUUCCGUAUUGUUUGGAUAUGUCCAGCCCAAAUUUCCCAAACACUAUUAAUUCCGCUUUAAAACCCAUGGAGUGUUUAUCAAAAAUCGUUAAUCAACCAAUUACUGGAAACGUCACUGGAAAUAUUAAGAAACGCCCCAGAAUUAACAUAGACGAUAAUGGCACUACGCAUAGCGGAACCACUUCCACCGAAGCAACAAACGCACAGGGCGAAGAAACAGUAGAAGAUACUGAAAACACAGAACACGAUGUAGCUUCUAGUUUAGAAGGGAACCCCAUUUCAUCAAACGCAAUGGAUGCUAAUGUUCUCGAUGAUAUAAUGGAACGUCUUUUAGAACGCGGUCCCAACGUAGCUCUUGAUACUACAAUGGAUCUUGAUGAUGAUACCAACAUGGGAUUUGAGCAUGAAAGAGAUGCGACGGAAGAAUUAAUGAGUACCGAUUCGGGUGAAUCAGAAGACGAAGUGGAUGACGAUGAAAACGAUGAAGAUAAUGAAGUAGAGGACGGCGAUGGGGAUGGCGACGAUAACGACGACGAUGAUGAUGAGGAUGAAGAUAUCGAUGAAGGGGAUGAAGACGACGAAGACAACAAUUACGACGACUUCGAAAAUAUCCCUAAUGUAGAUCGAGAUGGAAACUUGGUGAUGGUUCGUUGUCCGGAUGAUAGAGACGAAUCUAUUGGGUUAAUACGCUACGACGAUAAUGGAUUCGCGAUUCCGUUGUUUGAAGAGGCUACUAAUACAAGUGACCAAUCCGCACCAACAACUCAUCCUUUAUUAGUUUCACGUCACAACGCCGAUGCUAACGCGCCAACUGCAUCCCGUACUCAACGAGCGAAUAGAACAAGACGCUAUCAAUAUUUACAAUUAGGAACGCGUGGAGCUCAACCCCCCGUUAUUUUACAAAGAUUACUUGGCCCCGCCGCCCAAAAUAUCCAUUUGAGUUCGAACCAAAUGCUUAAUUCGCCCGGAUUACGCGAUUCCGCCAGAGUUGUCGUAAUGGAUAAUUUUGGAAUAUUCCCAUCAGUUGAGGAACAAAUCGAUUUUGUCGAUCAAGGAUAUUUGUUUGGGCCAAGUAUGAUGGCGACGAUUAAUCAUAUUCCCGUGGCGUUACAUUGGUGGAAGGAGGAGUCGCGAUUUAUCGACGGCGAAUCUAUGCACGACAUAGUUACUUACAUAUGUAAUAGAUUAGUUCCAACAUUGCUAAAACAUAAGUGUUUGGAAAUGCAAGAAAGAAAACGUAAAUCCGAAUUGGAAGAAAAAACCAAACAAAAGUUUAAACCCGUCGAAAGUCGGCGACAAGUUGAAGACGACGCUCAAGAACCAAGCAGCGGAAAUACAACCACCGUAGGAACGGGAAAUACUGAAAAUCGUACAGAUAACAUGGAAAAUACAAUUUAUGAUUCGGACGAAGAAAUUGAUGGCGUGGUACCAAUCGACGAUCCCAGAUUUAAUAUUGCAAAUACGUCAACACCAAUGGCAUCCAUUUCUUCAGAGAAUCAAUUGGAACAACAAUUAAUUCGAGUCGUUAACUCUUUAGAUGGAACAUCCCAAUCAGAUUCAUCAUCUUUGAGUUUACCAAAUUUACCACCUCUACCUUCACCUCUGGAUGUGGAUCCAUCGCGUACAGAAGAAGCUCAAGAACAACGCGAUGAGCCUUCUGAAGAACAUCAAGAGGAAGAUGCUGAAGACGAAAGUGUUGACACUCAAAGUGGGACAUCAAAUUUAUUCUCAAACGUUUAUCAAAGAACUUAUCCGUUUAAUACGCCCAGCCUUUUAAGACCUUUGUUCCAUUAUCAUCUGCCAUUAAGUGUUGGGUCAACGGAAUCAUCUGCUGAUUUGUUGAGGCAAAUGGAUAGUCAAAUCCCUCAACAGCAAUCAGCGGCACCUCAAAAUAACGAAGAAGGUUCAUCAUCGCAAUCAAGCAGCGGUGAUCAAGCUUCGACCAGUCAAGAACAAACCGGAGCCAGCGAUAAUGCAAGAAAUUCGGAGGUGAAUGAAGAUAUUCCCGAAGGUGUUGAUCCGUCUUUCUUGGAUGCGCUUCCGCCGGAAAUGAGACGUGAAGUUUUAGAACAACAUAGGUUGUUGAGAUUGCAACAAAGGAUGUCAUCAACAACAACCGCUUCUACGUCGGAUCAAGCGACAGCAAGUGGCUCAAACGAAGUGAGCCCCGAAUUUUUAGCUGCUUUACCACCGUCGUUACAAGAAGAAGUUUUAACGCAACAGAGAUUAGAACAACAACGACAAGCAGCGGCUCACGCGAAUCCCGAUGAACCAGUCGAUGCGGGCGCAUUUUUUGAGACUUUACAACCGUCGUUGCGCACCAUGAUUUUGUCAGAUAUGGAGGAGUCUCAAAUGUCGGUUUUACCACCCGAUUUGGCAGCUGAAGCGCAAACGUUACGCCGAGAUUGGGAGGCUCGAAAUCGACAGAUCGUCCAAGAAAGAUUUUUCCAUAGCAAUUUAACUACUAUAAUACGCCACUCGGCGCGCGGGGGAAGAACGCGAUUCACAUCUUUACUACCUCAUAGACAACAUUGGAAUUGGGCUUCUAGAGGCGAUACGUUGCCGCAGAGUAGUACAGCUGGAAAUAUAAAAAUACGAGGUAGACAGCUUCUCGAUCAUGAAUCACUUUCUUGUUUGUUAGUUUUACUUUUCGUCGAUGACCCAAAGUUAAAUACGGGGCGAUUACACAGAGUGAUAAGAAAUUUGUGUUACCAUAUUCCAACGAGAGAUUGGGUUGUUAAAGCUCUUUUGUCGAUUAUCGAUAGGAGCGUCCACGUCAAACCCGACGAAAGCUUAAAUAAACCAAAACGACUCCCAAGACCCGGACCACUCACUUCGAAAUUACUCACCGAUUCGAAAAAUAUGGGAAACGGCGCCAAUUGGUUAAACAUCAGAAUGGAGGCCGCCUUAGGAUGCCACGCGAACGUUUUUAUUGUAAAUAGAGCAACGGGAAAACGAAACAACGUUACCAUAUCGAUUCACCCCCAAGCGGCACCGAUCGUUUGUAAACACGCAUUGGAUCUCUUCACUUCGCUCUCUAGAAGCUUCCCGACGUUCUUAUUACCAUUAAAAGCAAAAGACAAAACAAAAACUCCCGCGCCGAUAAAAUCGAAAAAUGAAUCAACCGAUUUCUGGGACAUGCUUUUAAAAUUGGACGCCGCUAGUACCAAAAAAGGAAAGAGUUUAGCAAAAACCCACAGCAAUUUAAAUUUGAAUUCCGAAACCGAAAACACUGCCCUUAGUUUCGAACAGUCCGCCUUUGGCCAAUUAUUAAUUAUGUUAUCCUCACCCGUUAUUCAAGCUAGUAUCCCCCUCACCGAUAAAUUAUUAAGACUCCUCUCCGUUAUUUCAACCGGAAUGCCCGAAUUGGCCAAAAGUUCCGACUCUCCAAGAUCAAAUCGAAUUAGUUGGCAAAAUUUCGAAAGCGUUUCCGCCCCCGAAGUCGCCCUCAACUUAGCCGUAAACGUACUAACAUACAAAAGUUGCUCCGAAGAAGGAUUAGAAGAAGUAACAACAUUACUCCUAAACUUAUCUAAUUGCUCUGUAGAUAUGAGCUUCACCAUAUUAAAUUUAUUAUUGAAAGGAGCUUUGCGAAUCGGCGAAAUCGUUCGGACCCAAAUUCAAGCGAUGCUUGUUGACUUAAAGAACGUUCAUUUAAACAACGAGCAUAAAAAGUCGCAAGAAGACGUCAAUCCAACCACCUCGAAAGGCGUGGUAAACAACCGAUUUACAAAAGAAACCGUCGUUAUAACUGCCUCAACCAAAGUAAAAACUUCUUGUGAUUUACAACUCCCCUCAAUGAUACCAUUAACUUCGAAAUCAUCAAGCCAAAUAUUCUUUUUGCGCGUUCUUAGAGUAAUCGUUCAGAUCCGCGAUGCCAUUAAAAAAUCGUUAGAGAAAGAAGAAAAACCAUCGCAACCGCCAUUGCAUCAUUUAAGCGAUCAAUUAGAUGAAUUAGAAAAUUUAUGGAACACUUUAAGCCAAUGUCUUCUUGAAUUGGAGCACACUCCAGAUCAUCACGCCGUGUUAGUGCUACAACCUGCCGUGGAAGCCUUCUUUUUGGUUCACUCGCCAAUACAAGAGGCUCUUGUUACUUCAGAACAAUCCAGAUUAUCAACCGCACCCGUCGUUGAUCCUGUACAAGACUCCCCUGAAACAUCAACGCAGGGCAGCAGUCAAGAAGUAAACACCCAAGAUAACAACGGUCAAGCUAACAGAGCAGUUAGCGUUCCAGCGGACCAACAAAAAUUCUUAAAUUUCGCUGAAAAACAUCGCACAGUUCUUAAUCAAAUCUUACGACAAACAACCGCGCAUUUAGCGGAUGGACCAUUUUCUGUUUUAGUCGAUCACACUAGAGUUUUAGACUUUGAUAUUAAAAGGAGAUAUUUUAGAACUGAGUUGGAGAGGCUCGAUCAAAAUUUAAGAAGAGAAGAAACUGCCGUGCACGUUAGAAGAGAGCACGUGUUUGAAGAUUCAUUUAGGGAAUUGUAUAGGAGGACGCCAGAGGAAUGGAAAAAUAGAUUCUAUAUUGUCUUUGAAGAUGAGGAAGGCCAAGAUGCAGGUGGGCUACUUAGAGAGUGGUAUAUGAUAAUAUCGCGCGACAUUUUUAAUCCAAUGUAUGCGCUGUUCACCGUUUCUCCUGGAGAUCGCGUUACAUACAUGAUAAACUCCGCUAGUCAUUACAACCCAAAUCAUUUGUGUUACUACAAAUUCGUUGGACGCGUAAUUGCAAAAGCAAUUUACGACAAUAAACUAUUGGAAUGUUACUUCACGCGGUCAUUUUACAAACACAUUCUUGGUAUUCCCGUGAAAUACACGGACAUGGAGAGCGAAGAUUACAGCUUUUAUAGGGGUCUUGUGUACUUGAUGGAGAACAAUAUAAACGAUUUAGGUUGCGAUCUUACGUUCAGCACUGAAAUUAACGAGUUUGGAGUAACUGAAACCAGAGAUCUCAUUCCUAACGGCCGAAACGUCUCUGUUAAUGAAGAAAAUAAAAUGGAAUAUGUAAGAAGAUCGUGUCAAAUGAAAAUGACUGGUGCGAUAAGGCAACAGUUAACUGCUUUCUUAGAGGGCUUUUAUGAUAUAAUACCUAAACGAUUAAUUUCGAUAUUUAAUGAACAAGAAUUGGAGUUAUUAAUUUCUGGUUUACCUAACGUUGAUAUUGAAGAUCUUAAAACGAAUACAGAGUAUCAUAAGUAUCAAGCUAGUUCAUUACAGAUUCAGUGGUUCUGGAGAGCUUUAAGGUCGUUUGAUCAAGCAGAUCGCGCGAAAUUCCUACAAUUUGUUACUGGUACUUCUAAAGUACCUCUACAAGGUUUUGGAGCUUUAGAAGGAAUGAAUGGCGUGCAAAAGUUUCAAAUACAUAGGGACGAUCGAUCUACAGAUAGAUUACCUUCCGCUCACACUUGUUUUAAUCAACUGGAUUUGCCUGUAUACGAAACGUACGAUAAGCUACGCUCUUACCUACUAAAAGCUAUCCACGAAUGUUCAGAGGGCUUUGGCUUUGCUUAAAAAAAAUCCUAGAAAUUCAAAAUCGGAUACGUACUAAACGAUCGAUGAUAGUUAAUGAUUAUAUUUAUAACUAUUUAAGACUGAGAAAGAGUUAGGAUUCCAUAAACGACUUCAGUUUUUGGAGACCAUAAAAUAUUAUAAAUUGCAGCAAAAGAAAAAAAUCAAGAAAAAUAAGAAACUAUGUUGGGAGAAAAAAAAAACACUCAGUUAAAAUUACUUUUCUUGUUAAAUACAAUAGAUAGUUUGAUUUUUCUAUGUACAUAUUAUAAAGUAUCUAGAUGUACAGAAGUAAUAUUUUACAAAUGUAAUAUAAGAUGUUGGUUAGCCUUAUUUGAUUUGCAAUUUAAUUUAUCGGUUGCACGUGCUAGAUUUUUUUCUGAUUAUUCACACUGACUGUAAAAAGCGUUACUACUCGAUGCAAAGGUGUCACAUGUAUUUUUGUAAAGGGCCGUCUGGCAUUUCCAAGUGAUAUAUCGAACGUUAAGUUAUCCUGAGUACGUGUCUCCGUUUCGACUUGUUACACACCUAAUUUUCCUACUUCAUUUGACUAUUUCAAAUAAUUUUCUCUUUAUUUUGCGUAGUUUUUAAUUUUCGUUACUGUGGUGCUUUGUUCGUGUAAUCCAGACAAAAAAAAUGAUUAAAAGUGUCAUAGAGACGCCACUUCUCCCCCUAUCCCUGUAACACGUGUACAUUUUUGCGAUGCGAAAAGAAAACGCGAAUCGUUCGUGCGUACCACUUGUUUGCAAUCCCUAUUAUAAAUGUUAUUAUCAACUUCGUCAGUAUUUGCGUCUAAAUAAAAAUUUUCUUUGCCAA